AUGUCUCAGGCCGAAGCAAGGGCUGCUCGACCUGUCUGUGACGAGUCAUUCCCAGAGUGCUUGCAAUGCAGGAAGGCCGGGUUAUGCUGUUCUGGGGCUCGAACGGGCGCAUUCUUUGUGCACGCUUUCCCGGAGCGACCAUUAAGCAUAUCCUCUGCGAAGCAAAGGCUGUUGAAUUCGAAGUGCGAGACUAUUUUCAGCUUAAGUGGCCAUGAAACAGCUUCACCAACGCCUAACCCUUCGCCUUUGUCACUUCAGCAGCCUGGACGUGCCGACAUCUUCGAUCAGCUGUUUGUCUCUCACUUCAUCGAGUCAUUUGGCUUCAAAACAUCCGUUUCGGAUAGUCCAUCUCCAACAUGGCUAGAUGAUCUUUCUGUGUUCAUCAUCUCACCGGUUCCUGGUGUUGUGAAGCACUCUAUUCGUGCUGGUUCGAUGUUCUUUUAUGGCACGCUGGCGCAGGAUGUCGCAAUUCGAACAGAAGCAUGCAAGUGGUACAUGAGGGCUCUACAGGGUCUUCAAGGUGUCUUAUCACGAAAUGCCUCGCCGUUCACUGGGGAUGUAAUUUGUGCUGCUGUAAUGCUUACGCACUUUGAAACUUUAGCUGGUACCUCAGACAGAGCGUGGUAUCAGCACGUUCAAGGCGCGUCUAUGAUGCUUGAGACCGGAGGUCCAGAAAGUUGUCGCGAUGGGUUUCUACACCAGCUAUUUCGUCAUCUGCGGCUGUUAACAGUGAGUCAAAAUAUCUAA